AAACAAACAGAAGGACCAACGUAGCGUGAAAUCGGCGCCACUGUAAAGCUGAGCACGGACGCGCAGAGAGAGAGAGAGAGAGAUGAGUGGUAGCGAGAAGCUAACCUCGUCAAGCUCCGAAUUGGACUUGGAUCGGCCCAAUAUCGAGGACUACCUCCCUUCAUCCUCCAUUCAAGAGCCUCGCGGCAAGCUCCGUCUGCGUGAUUUGCUCGACAUUUCUCCUACCCUAACAGAGGCUGCUGGUGCCAUCGUCGAUGACUCAUUCACGCGAUGUUUCAAAUCGAAUCCACCCGAACCAUGGAACUGGAAUGUGUAUUUGUUUCCGCUAUGGUGUUGCGGGGUCGUAGUUCGAUAUUUGAUUCUAUUUCCUUCCAGGGUUAUAGUAUUGACACUGGGGUGGAUAAUUUUCCUCUCUUCUUUUAUUCCGGUGCAUAUUCUGCUGAAAGGGCAAGACGAGUUGAGGAAAAAGCUCGAGAGGUAUUUGGUGGAGUUAAUGUGCAGUUUCUUUGUUGCGUCAUGGACUGGUGUUGUAAAAUACCACGGACCACGACCCAGUAGGCGGCCUAAGCAGGUUUUUGUGGCCAAUCAUACUUCCAUGAUUGAUUUCAUCAUCUUAGAGCAGAUGACUGCUUUUGCUGUUAUCAUGCAGAAGCAUCCUGGAUGGGUUGGACUCUUGCAAAGCACCAUAUUAGAGAGCGUAGGAUGUAUCUGGUUCAACCGUUCAGAGGCAAAGGAUCGCGAAAUUGUAGCAAGGAAGUUGCGGGAACACAUCCAAGGGAUUGACAACAACCCUCUUCUCAUAUUUCCAGAGGGAACUUGUGUAAAUAAUCAUUACACGGUUAUGUUCAAGAAGGGUGCAUUUGAGCUUGGUUGCACUGUUUGCCCAAUUGCAAUUAAGUACAACAAAAUAUUUGUUGAUGCUUUUUGGAAUAGCCGGAAGCAGUCCUUUACAACACAUCUGCUGCAGCUCAUGACAUCCUGGGCUGUUGUUUGUGAUGUUUGGUACUUGGAGCCCCAAACUCUGAAAGCCGGAGAGACGCCCAUCGAGUUUGCAGAGAGGGUUAGGGACAUAAUAUCUGUUAGAGCUGGUCUCAAAAAGGUUCCGUGGGAUGGAUAUCUAAAGUAUUCACGCCCUAGUCCUAAACAUAGAGAACAGAAGCAACAGAGCUUUGCCGAGUCAAUGCUGCGGCGCUUGCAGGAGAGGUGAUAUGUAUAUGUAUUUUCUUUAAAUAUUUUCGUGUACCCGUUUUGAAAUCUGCAGUUGAUUUCCUAUAAACUAGUUGGACCCAACAAGUGAGGACCUCUAGAGUUUAAACUGAUCAAUAAACAAGCAAAAUAAUAUCAAGUUUUUCGAUUUUGUUUA